UUGAACCCAGGUUUCCCACAUUACAGGUGGAUUCUUUACUGUCUGAGCCACCAGGGAAGCCCUCACUUCAGAUACUCUAAUGUAAUUGAAGUGGGGCCCAGCUAGAGGUUUUUUAGUUUAGUUUUGUUGUUUAGUUGCUCAGUCGUGUCUGACUCUUUGCAACCCAAGGACUGUAGCCCACCAGGCUCCUCUGUCCAUGGGAUUUGUUUAGAUUUAAUAUAUAUUUAGCUGUGAUAUAUCUUAGUUGCAACACCUGGGAUCAUCCAUCUUUGUUGCAGCAUGUGGGAUCUUAAGUUGUGGCAUUCAAACUGUUAGUUGAGGCACGUAGGAUCUAGUUUCCUGACCAGGAAUGAAACCUGGGCCCUCUGCUUUGGGAGCGCAGAGUCUUAGCCACUGGACCACCACGGAAUUCCCAGAGGUAUUUUUUAUAGCACCCCAGAUGAUUUGAACUUGUGGCUAGGGUUGAGGACCACUCUUUCAAUAUGUGAAUCUCAUGUCUCCUUUCUGGCCAAAUCCUCCAGCACUUUGCCUUUCAUUCAGUAGAAGCCAGUGGUCUACAGGGCCAUAUGUGAUCUGGCCUCCUGUGACCUCUCUUUCCUCCUCCUCAUUCUUUUCAUUGCAGCCACACUGGCCUUUGGUUCACUGAACAAACAAGGUACACUUCUACCUCUGGGCCUUUGCCCUUGUUCCUUCCACCUGAAAAAGUCUUCACCUAGCAAUCUACAUGGCUUAAUCCUCAACCUUCUUUAGGUCUGUGCUCAACCAUCACCUUGGUGAUGAUGGCUUUUUAGUUCCACCCUCUUUAAAACUGCAACUCCUGCUCACUAUUCUCUCUCCUUUCCCUGUUCUAUUUUUCCUUAUAGCACUUGUCAUGUCUGACUUCUGAUAUAUUUUAUGUACAUUGUUUCUUCCCUGGGGAGAUUUGGAAUUUUGUUACUUUUUUAAAAAAAAUGCUACUUUUUUUUAUUGUCUGUCUGAAAUACAGUAGAGGCUCAUUAAAUCUCUGCUGAAUAACUGAAUUUCCUUAUGUGUUUUGGAGGAGUUUGGUGCAUGGUUUGGGCCAGGUAGAAUCUGAGGCACUAAGGGAUACCAGGAGAGAGAUCUGGCACUUGGGUUUGAAGCAGAUGACGACUGAAGGACCAGCCCAGAGGAACAUGGACACAGGGACAGAGGAGCCGCCAAACCUGCUUCUCCCUAUGUUCAUCUUGCUGGGUGAGACCCCCAUCUGCCUGGUCACCAGACAGGCAACAGAAGUCAUCCUGGAUUCCUCACCUCCGCAUCUCACCUCUCAAGCAAGUUCUCUAUUAUUGUCUAAAUAUAACCAAAGUCUGCCGCUUCCCGUCUGCCUACACUAUCACAGCCAUCCCCUCCCCCAGACUACUGGCAACAACCCAGUCUUAGGUGCCUCUGUUCUCCACCACGCAGUUUAAAUGGUUUUCUAAAAUAGCUGACCUCCCUCCAUCGUCGGAAAAUCUUUCAGUGGACUUCCUGCUGCCCUGGGAAGCCAAAGCCCAGCUCCCACAAGGCCUUAUGCGCACGUGGCCCGGAUUCUUCUCUAAAAAUGCAUUUCUUGCCACUCAGCCUUUAGGCCCCCAAGGCGCAGGACCCCUUCACACCUCCCGGCCUGGUCUCAGGACUCCAAGCUGAGAAAGUGAUGCCUGUUGGGGAAGGCCUGCCUGAGUCCAGGCUGCCUCCUCUGCCUCCUGAGCCUCGCCUCUCGCACGCUCGUUACUGUCUGGCGGCCUGUCCCCCGCAUGGCUGGGGGCGCCUGAAGGAAGUAUUGUAAUUGCGAAGUGUCCCUGUGGGUCACUGCUGCGUCAGGUAGAGGUAGCCCCAAGGAGGCAGAAGAGGAGCCAGGAUCCAGUCGGAAAAGCCAGUGAGUGAGGGUGUAGGGUGUUCGGCUGCGUCAGCGAGGCGAGGCCUGAACCGCCCUCAGGAGGAGGAGCCUGGGGUCCAGCUCCGCGCGAGCGGCCCUCGCUCCCACCAAGGGUCACUGGUCACUCUGCGCCCGCAGACCUGGCGGGGGUCGCAGGGCUAGGUCUCACCCGGCUGCCCUCCCAGGCGAGCUUCUGCAUCCGAGCGGAGAGGUCGGGGACGCCCGCCAAGCCACGGAGCGGGUGGCUUACGCUCCGCGGCCCCACAGGAAAGCAGGCAUUCUUUCUGCGCAGGCGCGACGCUUCGGCCGGGAGGGGCGGGGCCUGGACGGGUCGGAGGCGGAGUCACCUCUGGGCCCGCCUCCACUAGCUCCUCUGGCCGCCGAGUGCUGGGCACCCGGGCUAUUCUAGGGGCUUCAGACGCGCCGCCCUAGAGACCCUGGGCCGGCGCUGGGCGCAGCUGCCUCUCCGCGUUUGCCUGUCGGUCUUUGUGUCUGUCUUUGUGUCUGUCUGCUGUCUUCGAGCUUGCCUCCACUUCUAGAACUAAAUCUCUGGGACACCGACAUCCCACGAAUCCUCGCCCCUCUCCCAUGGCAGGCUACUUGCCCCCCAAAGGCUAUGCCCCUUCGCCCCCACCUCCCUACCCUGUGACUGCUGGAUACCCGGAGCCAGCACUGCAUCCCGGGCCUGGGCCCGGCCAGGUGUCCGGACCCGGGCAGGCCCCAGUGCCCGCCCACGUGCCUGCCCCUGCGCCGGGCUUUGCUCUCUUCCCCUCGCCCGGCCCUGGGGCCCCGGGACCAGCUGCCGCCUUCUUGCCAUUGCCAGGGGUGCCUUCUGGUCUCGAAUUCCUGGUGCAGAUUGAUCAGAUCUUGAUUCACCAGAAGGCUGAGCCGGUGGAAACGCUCUUGGGCUGGGAGACCUGUAACCGCUACGAACUGCGCUCCGGGGCCGGACAACCACUGGGUCAGGCGGCAGAGGAGAGCAACUGCUGUGCCCGGCUGUGCUGUGGUGCCCGCCGGCCCCUGCGAGUCCGCCUGGUGGACCCCGGGGACAGAGAGGUGCUGCGCCUGCUCCGCCCCCUCCACUGUGGCUGCAGCUGCUGUCCGUGUGGCCUCCAGGAGAUGGAAGUCCAGGCUCCACCGGGCACCACCAUUGGCCACGUUCUACAGACCUGGCAUCCUUUCAUCCCCAAGUUUUCCAUCCAGGACGCUGACCGCCAGACCCUCCUGAGAGUGGUGGGGCCCUGCUGGACGUGCGGCUGUGGCACAGACACCAACUUUGAGGUGAAGACCCCAGACGAAUCCCGCAGUGUGGGCCGCAUCAGCAAGCAGUGGGGGGGCCUGCUCCGAGAAGCCCUUACUGACGCAGACGACUUCGGCCUGCAGUUCCCGCUGGAUCUGGAUGUGAGGGUGAAAGCUGUGCUGCUCGGAGCCACGUUCCUCAUUGACUACAUGUUCUUCGAGAAGCGAGGAGGCGCUGGGCCCUCUGCCAUCACCAGUUAGAGGCCCUCUCUGGGUGAGGAGACCAUCAACUCAACCAGAAUUCAGGAUGGUCACCCGCCCUGGCCCCUGCUCAGAGGCAGCCCCUUUCCUCCGUGCACACUGCAGGCGAGAGACAGGGAAGCCUGAGAGGCUGGGGGCUUGGGGCCCCAUCCCUCCCCUGCUCCCCUGGCCUCCUUUACCUGUGGCCCCCACAGAAGGGUAUGUAUGAGAGCCCUUCCCCUGCUACUUCCCGCCACAUUUCCAGUGGUCCCUCAGCAUGCAGGCACAUCGGCUUUCAAGUGUUCCCUACCCACUUCCUCCCAACCCCUUCCAGGGCUUCUGCUCCAGACGAGGCCUUAGAAUGCAGGACUCUGGGGUUUUCUGACAGGGCUGGGGGUGGGAAAGGCACCAAAGAUGGCAGACCUGGCCACCCUUUCCCUGCAUCCGCUUGGCCAAUUCAUUCAGCCUCAGAUGAUGGCACUCUGAGGGCAUCCUACCUCCCCACUAGGGCCAGGACCCCAGUGCCAACUUCCUCUCCCUCAGCUGGUGCUUGCUGCAAUUUCCUGUGCCUUAACCACCCGUUCCUUCCCUUGCCCCAGGAAGGAAGCUGUAUCUUUUUAUGUUACAUUCAUAUAAACUUUGUAACUUUUUGCA